UUCUGAUUUAAAACCAUAACAUUCUGAGUAAUCUUAAAGCUUUUUCUAUUAGAAAAAAAGAAAAUGCAAUGCGCAUUGUCUAUACAGAAAUUGGAAAAAAAAACUGGUAAAACUCGACGAUUAUUUUCAAUGACGUCAACAAAAGGGGCUCGUCUCAGGGUGCCUCUAUAAAAUAGCUAAAGUAAAUAUAGAACAAAAAUAUAUCUAUGCUCAAAUAGAACGCAAUUUCGUCAAGUUCACGUGAUUGUGUGUUGUAGUUGUUCGUCUUUUUUGGCAAACACAACAGCAAGUUUAUCUAGUUCCGCCGCUGUCUGUUGUGUUCUCGCUUGUCAAACACUAGGAAGUGUAAUUACGUAAUUUUUUUUUUGUUUCAUUUAAAGAAGGACUAAAUAAUGUAGUCUUUUUUUUUUAAAAGACUUCAUAGAUACAAUAAAGUCUUAAUUAUGUGGUAUUCGCAAGAAACACAUUUUCGGAAGAACAAAUAAAAUAUAGAUUUGUGUUGCCUCGCUACGCGUGCAUGGCACAUCAACAAAAAUAGAUAUUAAAACUAAAAACCAAGUCAAGUCAAGAGAAUGUUUCGAAAAGCUCGAUUAAAGUCUAUUGAUCCCAAUGGGGGCAAAUGUGAUAAAUGACAUUCCAAAGUUUCUCAUUCGCAUACCGAUGAUGAUGACAUGUAAGGAUUUUGCGUACACAACCCAAUAAAUAUAAUAAACGCAAUAGCAAACAAAAGAAAAAAAAAGACAAAAACGAGAUUAAAUCCCCUUUUAAAAACGUGAUUGAUAACUAAAAACAAUGAUGAUGAUGGGCGGUUGACGUAGUCCCACGUUGUUGUCGCUUUCAUUGCGACGAUUUCUGUGUUUUCAAUCGAGCGAGCCGCCCGAACUGCUGAGAGGGCCUGUCCGUGUCCGUUGUAUGUUGGCGUUUUAGCGAGAUAUGGCUGGCAGAGUAUUUAUUUAGUUUUUAUUCGUGUUUUAGCCGAAGAACAGUGCGGACGUGUUUACUUUUUUUGUUAAAGAGGGUUCUUCCAGCUUUCAACUAAAUCAACAAAUAGAUUUAUUUCAAAAAAUGUCAGAAAUUAAACAUGAACGCCUUGUGGGCGUUAUUGAUGAAGGAACAAGCACUGUUGCCUUUUCUAUAUACACCACGCCCGACUUUAAAGAAGUUGCAUCAAGUAAAUUCGAUUUAAAAUCUAUUCAUCCACAAGAUGGUUGGAUGGAGCAGGACCCUAUGGAAAUAAUAAAAACCAUACACAUUUGUGCAGCUGAAGCUAUUGCCAAACUUCGACACUUGGGCUACGACGAAAAAGAUUUGAUAACAAUCGGUGUGACAAAUCAACGUGAGACAACAGUUGUAUGGGACAAGUAUACUGGUCAACCUCUUUACAAUGCCAUAAUUUGGAAUGACAUCCGAACAACCGAAACGGUGGAUAGAAUUCUUGCCAGAAUUCCCGAUGAAAAUAAGAACUACUUCAAAGCCACAACUGGUCUGCCAAUGUCACCAUAUUUCUCAGCAUUUAAGAUCAUAUGGCUGAAGGAUAAUGUGCCAGCUGUAAGAAAAGCAUGUCGCGAACGUCGUUGUUUGGCAGGAACCAUUGACACUUGGAUUGUGUGGAAUCUAACAAAGGGACUGCACAUUACCGAUGUGACAAAUGCCUCACGAACAAUGCUAAUGAAUAUCGAAACCCUGCACUGGGAUCCAAUACUCUUGAAGACUUUUAGUAUCCACCCUGACAUGCUUCCUGCCAUUCGAAGUUGUUCGGAAAUAUUCGGAAAGGUUAUGGAUGGCAGUGUACUUAAUGGACUUCCAAUAAGUGGGAUCAUAGGCAACCAGCAGGCUUCGUUGAUGGGGCAGAUGUGUUUUAAACCUGGUCAGGCGAAAAACACUUAUCGGUCGGGAUGUUUUGUACUCUGCAACACUGGCGGGAAGCAUGUUAUCUCUUCACAUGGUCUCCUGACGACAGUUGCUUACAAACUAGGGAAAAAUGCUCCUGUGACUUAUGCCUUAGAGGGAGCAGUUGCAAUUGGUGGAGAAGCUCUAAAUUGGUUGCAGAAAAACAUGAAGAUUAUGUCGAAUACAGAUGAAGCUGAAAAGAUGGCCGAAAGUGUCUCUUCGACAGGCGAUGUCUACUUUGUGCCUGCAUUUACUGGUCUAUAUGCACCUUACUGGAGAAAAGAUGCUCGUGGUAUUAUCUGUGGCCUUACACAAUUCACAACGAAAAAUCACAUAGUGAGAGCAACUCUGGAAGCGAUAUGUUUCCAAACGCGCGAUAUACUCGACUGCAUGCAUCAAGAAUGUGGUUAUAAUUUGAAUAAAUUACAUGCCGAUGGAGUGCUUACUCACAACAAUCUCUUGAUGCAACUCCAAGCUGAUAUUGCUGGUAUUCCAGUCUACCGUUCGCAGCUGGUAGACACUACUGCCUUUGGAGCGGCAAUGGUGGCAGCAUUAGCAGAGGGUAUCAAUAAAUGUGAAUUUGAUCCUUACAAACGAUAUUAUGAUAAUGUUUUCUAUGACACAUUCUUGCCAACCACAACAGACGAUGAACGAGAAUUACGCUGUGGCAAGUGGAAGAAAGCUGUAGAACGCAGUAUGGGCUGGGUUGUUAAGAAGAAGAGUGCAAUCAUGACCAAUGAACGUUACAAGCUGAUAUCUUCUAUACCAGCUGGCAUCUAUUUGAUAACUGUGUUUGCAAUGCUGGCUCAUUCGAACAGCAGACUUGCUUCAUAGAGUAAAGGUUUAGGAUUAAGAAAUCUUACCCCCUAAAAGUCUUGAGUAUAGAGUUUGUGCUGUGAUCGAAAAGAUAAAUUAUGUACAAUGUACAUCGUACAUCGUACAACAGCUUAGUACUGUGUUAUUUUUAUUAAAAUAUAUAGUUUACUGAACUUUCACCGUCGAGGAUAAAGUAAACUAUAAAUGAGUCAUUCUUCAUUAUUGAACAUUUUGCCUAUCUCAACUAAACAUAGAUUGGAUUUAUUGUUUAUUAUGUAAAUAUAUUGAACUUUAACUUAUCGACGAGCUUUUGAUCGCGCGUGUUGUACUUUGAACCUCAUUAAAUCAUAUUUUUCUUUGAUAAGAUAAGAGAACAUAUAUUUCUGGGAAGUUAAAUUUUAUCGCUCGGCCAAUGGCAAUAAACACACCCCUAAUCUUGUUUGUGCUUUGAGAUAGGUAAAGGAAUUUAACUUAAAUAUUUUUGCCCCCAAAUAUCAUACAACUCUCUGCAAAAAUUUGUAUUCUUAAUUUUAAUAGUUUUUUUUUUGUGAAAAUUAAAAUUUUAAACUUUGUUAUGAUUAUUUUCUGUAUGUAUUGUAAAUUGUGAGCUUGUAUGUAUGUAAUUUCGUAAUUUCAUUUAGUUUUAUGAAUGUUGUGUAAAAUUAUUAAAAUUUAAUUUGUUAUUCAAAGAUUUUCUUUAAUUGUAAAGUAAACUAAACUUAUAGUU